AUGGGUCAAAAUCAAUCUGGUGGUGGCAGCGGCGGAGACAAAAAGGAUGACAAGGAUAAGAAGAAGAAAUACGAACCACCGAUUCCCACGAGGGUUGGAAAGAAGAAGCGCAAGGCUAAGGGGCCAGAUGCAGCUUUAAAGCUGCCUCAAGUGACGCCACAUACGCGAUGUAGGUUGAAACUACUUAAGCUGGAGAGAAUUAAGGAUUAUUUACUUAUGGAGGAGGAAUUCAUCCGCAACCAAGAAAGACUGAAGCCACAAGAAGAAAAAAUUGAAGAGGAAAGAUCAAAGGUAGAUGAUCUCCGUGGCACACCAAUGUCGGUUGGUACUCUCGAAGAAAUUAUUGAUGACAAUCAUGCUAUAGUCUCCACCUCCGUCGGCAGUGAACACUAUGUCAGCAUACUAUCUUUUGUUGACAAAGACCAGCUCGAGCCAGGUUGCUCAGUUUUACUUAACCAUAAGGUUCAUGCUGUAGUGGGUGUUCUCGGUGAUGACACUGAUCCAAUGGUGUCCGUCAUGAAGCUCGAAAAAGCUCCUCAAGAGACAUAUGCGGAUAUCGGUGGUCUUGACACUCAGAUACAGGAAAUAAAGGAAUCAGUGGAACUUCCACUAACUCAUCCAGAGUAUUACGAAGAGAUGGGCAUUAAGCCGCCAAAGGGAGUAAUUUUGUAUGGGCCACCCGGCACAGGAAAGACCUUACUGGCUAAGGCUGUGGCCAAUCAGACAUCGGCCACGUUCUUGAGAGUUGUCGGCUCUGAACUGAUUCAGAAGUAUUUGGGUGAUGGUCCAAAAUUAGUUCGUGAGUUAUUCAGAGUAGCCGAAGAACAUGCUCCAUCAAUUGUAUUUAUUGAUGAAAUAGAUGCUGUUGGGACAAAACGUUAUGAUUCCAACUCCGGUGGAGAGAGGGAAAUUCAAAGAACUAUGUUGGAGCUCCUUAAUCAGUUGGAUGGUUUUGAUUCAAGAGGAGAUGUUAAGGUUAUAAUGGCGACUAACAGAAUAGAGACGCUAGACCCGGCAUUGAUUCGUCCAGGUCGUAUCGAUCGUAAGAUAGAGUUCCCACUGCCCGAUGAAAAGACCAAGAGACGCAUCUUCACCAUACACACGUCCAGAAUGACCCUGGCUGAUGACGUUAACUUGUCAGAACUUAUUAUGUCCAAGGAUGAUCUGUCCGGGGCAGAUAUGAAGGCCAUUUGUACCGAGGCUGGUUUAAUGGCACUCAGAGAAAGACGUAUGAAAGUUACUAAUGAAGAUUUCAAGAAGUCCAAAGAGAGUGUCCUAUAUCGCAAGAAGGAAGGCACUCCAGAAGGAUUGUACCUUUAA